GGUUCUGAUGCCCCAAUCGUCCGAAAUCCCGCAGAUUCCUGAAAAAGCCCGAAAUCUCACAAAAAGAGAGCUGAAAACGCUGAAAAAUGCGCUCGGGAAGCAAGGAUUAACGAUGGAACAGCACGAAAAUGCUCAAAAAUCCACAAAACCCUGCGAAAUCCUUCAAAUCGACACUUUUUCGAUUGAUAAUUCGAAUUUAGAAGACGGCUGGUACGUUGGAUAUGGCGUCGAGUACAAUGGCGUCGGAAUUUCGGCCGCCGGGGGGGCUCCAGACAGCUCGGCGAGCAGUGAAUCCGGUGAUCUACCGCCGGCUGAAAAUCGAGAAGCCGGCGGCGGGGAAAGCAGCGGAUUCGAUUCGGAUCCACCGACUGAUGAUGAUGAUGAUGAAGCACCGCAAGAGCUGCUGGAACGGCGAGAAAGUGAUGAUAUUAGUGAUAAAGGACAGCUUUUGUAUGGAUUGGACAGUGAAUUUUAUGUUGAUAAGGCGCUGAAACCCACAAAUGUCGAAUUUCACGAUAAAAAUGACACGAAAAGCUUCAAAACUGGCGAAUUUGUCACAACACAGCGCUUCGGAGUAGCCACCACCACCACAAAAUGCUCUGAAACCGACGAUGAAUUUCCACAAGGUUAUCAAAUCAUUGGUGAUGGAAAUGUUCCAUGUGCCACCACGUCAGAAGAUGAGGAUGACGUCAUCACCACCGAUAACUUUGAUGACGUCACCACGAGCUCUGGAUUAUGGUGCAAUUUCGUGAUAUCUCCGGAUGAUUUUGUGAGAAAAAAUGAUGUGGAAAAACUGGAAAUUUCCGAGGAAAAAUCGAUGACAAUACCGCUUGAUGGUGACAAAUUGGCACAGAUAUCCGCUGCAAUGGCGAAUUUUCAGUUGCCUACACCGCCCGGCUGGGAGGGUGUCAGCGAUUCGAAAAUAUUGGAAUUUGUUAGACAACGAGUCUGAAAACUGUGUGCUGAAAAUCCAAUAAAAAUCACUUGUUU